CGUGAGAAAGUUGCCAUUGAGGUAAAGCGGAGGUUUGAUAUAGGAGCGUUUGCGUCGCUGUGGGGAUUUUCGCUAUCAAAACCAACGAUAUAUGCCCUCCUUUUUUUUUUUUAACCCCCCGUAAGAUCCAGAUGGGCUCUAUUUUUCCAAGGAAACCCGACGAGGAAAUACAUAUUCCAGUUGUUUUGACUGUUUAACCGCCAAGUAGCGACCUCGGCGAGUCAAGUGGGAACUCUUCACAGCAAUUAACUUGUGUGGAUAUGUUUCUGAUGCUCUGACCGAGAACCGACGGUCUGCGGCUCCGCGGCUUGUUCUUGUUCUUCUUCUUUUUUUUUUUUUUUUGGUACCUGGGAUGCUGUGAAUUACCCCGACGACAAAAAACGCCGGGGCGACAAGAGGCGGAUUCGGUGGUUCCCCCUUUUCUUUCUCACCUGGCUCUUACCUUUCUCCUCCUCCUCCUCUUCCUCCCUCCUGGCUAAUGAGACGUCCGCCGUGCCUUCGCGGUUGAUUUACUGUCGCUGGAGCGCACCGAGAAACAAGGAUCUGCAGACGGCGAGGAAGCGGUCUGUAAAUCCACCCAGAGCAACAAGCAAAGGGGGGGUGUUUCGGUGUCGGCGAUAGUUGGCCAUCAUAAGCAAGGCGGAUGGAUUUGUUUCCUUGAUCGGGAGCUUUGGACACACACACACGCACCGUUGUUGGUUUGAUUCCUCGUUAGCGGGGUUUGAAGCACCCCAUUCCCCUCUCUCUCUCUCCCUCCCUCCCCCCUGAAGAGAGAAGAUGUUUCCCCAGGGGCGACACCCGACGCCCCAUCAGGCUCCAGGCCAGCCCUUCAAGUUCACCAUUCCAGAGUCGCUGGACCGGAUAAAGGAGGAGUUCCAGUUUCUCCAAGCACAAUACCACAGCCUUAAACUGGAGUGUGAGAAGCUGGCCAGCGAGAAAACAGAGAUGCAGAGGCACUAUGUCAUGUACUACGAGAUGUCGUACGGCCUCAACAUCGAGAUGCACAAACAGACUGAGAUUGCCAAGAGACUAAACACCAUCUGUGCACAAGUCAUUCCCUUCCUCUCACAGGAGCACCAGCAGCAGGUGGUCCAAGCUGUGGAGCGGGCCAAACAGGUGACCAUGGGAGAGCUGAAUGCCGUCAUCGGGGUACGUGGACUGCCAGGUCUUCCACCUACACAGCAGCAUCUAUCCCACAAUCACGGCGGUGCCCCAGUUCCCCUCACACCUCAUCCCGCCGGCCUCCAUCCCUCUCAGCUAGGCGGCUCGGCAAGUCUCCUGGCGCUGUCAGGAGCCCUUGGUGCUGUUCCCCCCCAUCUGGCAGGAAAGGAUGGUGGUGACAAAAAACCACACCUUGGUGGACCGGACUCUCACGCGGCAGGACCUGAUCACCUCAGAGAGCGAGAACCUGGCACAAGCAGCUCUCUGCUUCCGGAAAGUCUUAGAAACUCCGAUAAGCGGCGCAACGGUCCUGACUUUCCAAACGACACCAAGAAACGCAAAGUGGAGGAUAAGGAUUCCAGCCACUAUGAUAGCGACGGAGAGAAAAGCGACGACAACCUAGUCGUGGAUGUGUCAAACGAGGAUGCAGCCUCCCCUCGUGGCACGCCGCUUCCGUCCCCGAGAGAAAACGGCUUGGAUAAGGCACGUCUCCUCAAGAAAGAUCCCUGUAGCCCGGCCUCCACUGCUUCGUCGGCUAGCUCCUCAUCUCUCAAGUCCAAAGAGAUGGCAAUGGUAGAGUUGUCCCUCUGUUGCACUGCAUUGCAUAAAAGAUACAGUAAAGGAGUGAAAACAUUGUGGCUUUAUGGUCUUGUACCUCUUUCUGUCUGGCAGCGAGAUAAGGCGGGUACGCCUGGUUUAAAGUCGAGCACUCCCACACCUAGAGGCGACUCUACCCCUGGUCCUAGCUCCACCAGUGGGGUCAGACCAAGCCUAUCGAAACCCUCCUCCAUGGAGAUACCCCAUCCACCAACUGCAGGACUGCGGACUCCUCUGGCGGUACCAGGCCCGUAUCCCGGUGCCUUUGGGAUGCUGCCCCAUGCAGCAGGAAUGAACGGAGAACUAGCCGGGGCGGCUGGUGCUGCUGCUUAUGCUGCAGGACUGCACAACAUGUCACCUCAGAUGAGUGCUGCCGCCGCGGCCGCUGUGGCGGCGUACGGCCGUUCACCUAUGGUCGGGUUUGAUCCUCACCCUCACAUGCGAGUACCUGGAAUGGCUCCCAGUCUCACAGGAAUUCCAGGCGGAAAGCCUGCAUACUCCUUUCACGUGGCAGCAGACGGACAGAUGCAGCCGGUCCCUUUUCCCCCAGACGCUUUGGUGGGACCAGGAAUCCCUCGUCACGCCCGGCAGAUCAACACGCUGAACCACGGCGAGGUGGUGUGCGCCGUCACCAUCAGUAACCCCACCCGUCACGUUUACACAGGAGGAAAGGGAUGUGUCAAAGUCUGGGACAUUAGCCACCCUGGAAAUAAAAGUCCCGUCUCACAACUCGAUUGCUUGAACCGAGACAACUACAUCCGCUCUUGUCGUCUCCUGCCCGACGGUCGGACGCUGAUCGUGGGCGGUGAGGCGAGCACGCUGUCCAUCUGGGAUUUGGCCACGCCCACUCCCAGGAUCAAAGCGGAGCUGACGUCAUCCGCACCCGCGUGCUACGCCCUGGCCAUCAGUCCCGACUCCAAGGUCUGCUUCUCCUGCUGUAGCGACGGCAACAUCGCAGUCUGGGACUUACACAACCAGACGCUCGUCAGGCAGUUUCAGGGUCACACAGACGGAGCCAGCUGCAUCGACAUCUCUAACGAUGGCACCAAGCUGUGGACGGGAGGUCUGGACAAUACUGUUCGCUCCUGGGACCUCAGGGAGGGGCGGCAGCUGCAGCAGCACGACUUUACUUCUCAGAUCUUCUCUCUCGGCUACUGUCCGACGGGCGAAUGGCUCGCCGUUGGAAUGGAGAGCAGCAACGUGGAGGUCCUGCAUGUCACCAAGCCCGACAAAUACCAGCUACACCUGCAUGAGAGCUGCGUCCUGUCCCUGCAGUUCGCUUACUGCGGGAAGUGGUUUGUGAGCACGGGAAAGGACAACUUACUGAAUGCGUGGAGAACACCAUAUGGAGCAAGCAUUUUCCAGUCUAAAGAAUCCUCCUCGGUGCUAAGCUGUGACAUAUCUGUGGACGACAAGUACAUCGUCACCGGAUCAGGAGACAAGAAGGCCACUGUUUACGAAGUCAUCUACUGAAAGUAUAAGAACUCCCACAAACAUUUCCUGUUUUUUUUUUUGUUUUUUUUUAUAAAUAAUGCUCACCUGGACUCGUGACAGGGACUUGCACAUUUUUCCAUCCACUGAAAAGACAGAGAAGAUAUUGGAUCUGCAGAUAUUUAUUGUGCCUGUGAGCCUGCCUGCGUAGACAGGUUCUGUUGCAGCGCCGCGUUACCGGUGGAGGAAGAGGAAGCGGCCGCGUUGAUGUUGGCAACGACUGCCUUUCCCCCGGUGGACCCGCUGCUGUUUGGUGACACAUGGGGACUCUUUCUGAUGAUGACCACUAAAUUCACUGUUACAGCCACAGGGAGACGCGCUUAAAACCCGGACUCCAGGGGAAAAUGUGGAAAAGACCUCGGCGGCCAGAAGGAAACCAACCAACCGACAGACGGACGUUUAACAGCGUGUACGAUUAAUGCUGUUUGGUGUUGUGCUUCAAACACGGCCCUGUCCAUCUCUCAGCAUAGACUUCUAUGACUUUUGAACCUCGCGCUUGCGCCCUCGGUCUGAGAAGACGCGUUUCUUUGUCUUAGCAGUAACCCGUGCUCUUACUAACCGCGCUGUAGCGCUAGCUGUCCUCCUACACACUGUACUUCUGUUGCUAAAAAUACCCACGUGGGCCGUCUUACAGCGGGUCUAACAGAGCGAUACCGCGCCGACACAAGUCAUACGACUUUCUGCCGUAGAUAAAAAUGUAAAAGGUUGCCGUCGUGUGAAGGAUUCUCAGCGCUGUUACUAAAAGGUUCGUUAUUAGGGGGGGGGCCUGGGGGUGUUUUUCUCCUCUAAACAUGUUUUGAAAGAACAAUUAGUGGAGACCAGAAAUAAGAUUUUAAGAGAUUUAAUUAAUUCCCAAAUCCCAUUAAUGCCCGUCUCAUCUUCUACCCUUUUUAUGGGCUCGUUUCUAGCCUAAACCCAUGUCUCCAGGAUAUUUACUGAGGUUAAGGCGGUGUUUCGGUAAGAGGAGAGGAAGGCUGUCUUUUUAUUUCCCACAACCUUCCUCCAGUUUGAGCUGAAGAGUCCACAGGUCUGUUCUUUUUUUCAGUUCAAUCCCCAUCCCGCCUUUAUCCGCGAAACACUCUCUGUCUUAUUGUUUGAAUGGUUUACGCUUUGUAAACUGGAGCCGACUAUGAUUAUUCAGUCAGCUGGGUUAAUCUUUCUGUGUUAGUGGGAAUUUCUGGUUUAAAAAAAUAAUAAUAAUAAAGGACCAUGACAGUUAAAUAAAUGACGCGACGUCGGUCAGAUGGUGUCCCUUAUUUUAACAUAUUGAGAUAAAUUACUACCGUGCUGUUUUUUUUUUUUUUUCUUGUUUCAAAACAUAUUUUAACACUAGAAGAUUAAAUUAUUGAAGUCAUACUUCAGUUCAAGGAGGAAUUUGUCAUUUACACAGAACUCAUUACCUGUUGCUCUUUCUUUUUUCUGUAAAAAUGUAUAUAUCCUUUUUUUUUUUUUUUUUUUUCCUACCUGACAUGCUGUAGAAAGGACAAACUGUUUUUUGUACAUGUUUUACAUUUUAAUCAGGAAUAACUCUAAAUGGUCUUAAAAGUAGCCAAAUGAUCGACUCGUCUCAAUAAAUGUGUUUUUUUAAACA